AUGCAAUAUCCGAUAUUGGCAAUUCUAUAUCCGAUAUUGGCAAUUCUAUAUCCGAUAUUGGCAAUGCUAUAUCCGAUACUGGUAAUGCAAUAUCCGAUAUUGACAAUGCAAUAUCCGAUAUUAACAAUGCAAUAUCCGAUAUUGACAAUGCAAUAUCCGAUAUUGACAAUGCAAUAUCCGAUAUUGGCAGUGCAAUAUCAAAUACUGGUAUUGCAAUAUCCGAUAUUGGUAAUGCAAUAUCCGAUAUUGGCAAUGCAAUAUCCGAUAUUGGCAUUGCAAUAUCCGAUAUUGGCAAUGCAAUAUCCGAUAUUGGCAAUGCAAUAUCCGAUAUUGGCAAUGGUAUGUCCGAUAUUGACAAUGCAAUAUCCGAUAUUGGCAAUGGUAUGUCCGAUAUUGACAAUGCAAUAUCCGAUAUUGACAAUGCAAUAUCCGAUAAUGGCAAUUCUAUAUCCGAUAUUGGCAAUGCUAUAUCCGAUACUGACAAUGCAAUAUCCGAUACUUGUAAUGCAAUAUCCGAUACUUGUAAUGCAAUAUCCGAUAUUAACAAUGCAAUAUCCGAUAUUGGUAAUGCAAUAUCCGAUACUGGUAUUGCAAUAUCCGAUAUUGGCAAUGCAAUAUCCGAUAUUGGCAAUGCAAUAUCCGAUACUGCUAAUGCAAUAUCCGAUAUUGGCAAUGGUAUAUCCGAUAUUGGCAAUGGUAUAUCCGAUAUUGACAAUGCAAUAUCUGAUAUUGACAAUGCAAUAUCCGAUACUGAUAUUGCAAUAUCCGAUAUUGGCAAUUCUAUAUCCGAUAUUGGCAAUGCUAUAUCCGAUACUGACAAUGCAAUAUCCGAAACUGGUAAUGCAAUAUCCGAUAUUGACAAUGCAAUAUCCUAUAUUGACAAUGCAAUAUCCGAUAUUGACAAUACAAUAUCCGAUAUUGACAAUGCAUCAAUAG